GCCCGCGCCGCCGCCGCCUCAGCCCCGCCGCCGCCGCAGCCCCUGCCGCCGCCUUCCCGCACCAUGGAGUUCUCCGAGAGGAAAAGAAGCAGGAAAUCCCAGAGCUUCAAACUGGUGAGCCGAGAUUAUCACCAUGAGGUAUAUAAGGUCUCAGAAUUCAGCAACGAUGUUAAUGGGGAGGCCAAAGAGACACAACCCAUUUUUUUAGGAGAUGAAAGCAUGGAAAUUAAAAAACAAAUUACAGGAAUGAGAAGAUUGCUGAAUGACAGUGCUGGGAGGAUUUAUCAGCGAGUUGGCAAAGAAGGAGAGAAAUUAAAAGAAGAGCCCCAGGAUGUGGACUUAGUCUGGCCCCCACGUCUGAACUCGUCCACUGAGGCCCCACCGAGCCUCCACCCGUCUACACGUGGUGCGUGGAAUGAGCUACCGCCCCAAAGCGGGCAGUUCUCAGGGCAGUACGGCACCCGUUCUAGAACCUUCCAGACCCAGCCCCACCCCUCUGCGAGCUCCAACGGAGAACUUCCAGUGGUGAAUUCAUCAGGUGGAUCAAACUGCUGCACUUGUAACUGCCAGUCAACGUUGCAGGCCAUUCUGCAAGAACUCAAGACCAUGAGGAAAUUAAUGCAAAUUCAAGCAGUUGGAACUCAAAACAGACAACAACCCCCAAUUUCCCUUAUAUGCUCCCAGCGAACUGCUGUCUCACGCAAGAGAAAUAAAAAGAAAAAAGUUGCCCCGAAGACUGUCGAACCUCUUACUGUGAAACAAAAGCCCAGCGUGUCGGAAAUAGAGAAGAAGACAGCUGUGGCCUCAGAGCAGUCCGGUCUCCACGCGGCCGAGCGCGCCCCCACGGAGGACAGCCACGUUGUGGGAUUCGGCAUUGUUCUGGAAUCACCUUCCUCAGAUCCAGAAGUGCAACUUGCUGAAGGCUUUGAUGUGUUUAUGCCUAAAUCUCAGCUGGACUCUAUAUUGUCAAACUACACUCGCUCAGGAAGCCUUCUGUUUAGAAAACUGGUGUGUGCAUUUUUUGAUGACAAGACUUUGGCUAACUCCUUACCUAAUGGGAAGAGGAAAAGAGGACUCAAUGACAACCGGAAAGGACUAGACCAAAAUAUUGUGGGUGCAAUAAAAGUCUUCACAGAAAAGUACUGUACAGCUAACCAUGUGGAUAAACUUCCUGGCCCCAGAGACUGGGUGCAGAUUCUACAGGAUCAAAUUAAACUGGCCAGAAGAAGGUUAAAAAGAGGCUCAGAGGUAGCUGACGGUGAUGAAAGACUGGACGGAGUUUCUCUACCACCAACAGGUCUCCAUAUGCCUUAUUUUCAUAGCCACAUGCUGUUGUUUUGCAGGUGAAUCAUAUUUUAUGUAGCCAUUUUCUAUUACUGGGCAAUAUAUGGACAUACUCUAACAGUAAUACUCAUUCAUGGGUUGUUUUGUAAAAAAAAAUAAUCAUUUAUAAAUUUCUAAUUCCUACUGUUGGUCAUUUAGUACAACUAAAGGCUUGGCUGCAAACUUAGUGACUUAACUCGGAAACACGGGCACGUCCCCAGUAAGCUCUCACUUGUCCAGGACGCCCAGCUGCAGCCAUGUCCCUGUUGUAGAAAAGUGUACAGUUCUUCCUUAGAGGAGUGGCUCCCCCCUUCAUUGUCUUGUCUCUGUUGUAGGUAAUAUAUUUGACACCAGGAGAGAAAACACGGAGGACACAGAACCAGGUUUCGUUGCCUAGACCUCCCUUUUAGUGACACUGUUCAGUAGCAAAUGUAACUCUUCCGUUGGAAUUUGCUCAGAGAUCCGUGUAGCAUUUCAGGUUCCUGCACAAUGUGAGUGUUCUGUGAGGUUGACCUGUCACGUUGGGAUAGUCUCAUAUGCUUUCUCUGUCAUAUGUGAUCAUCAAGCCUCCAAUUUGGUGUAAGGUUUUUUAAAAUCCUUUUUAGAGUUGAUUGGUUACCCUUUGAAGACCCAGCAUACGAUCCAGUUAGUUCAUUGUCCUUUCUGAAGAAGUGGUUCUCUCGUCCCUGUUUUUAUCCAAGACCUCAACGUGCAUAUCCGGAGCCUUGAAGCAUAUUUAUUUUAGUGUAAAUUGCUCAAUGUGGUAUACAGGGGCUUGGCUCUCGAGGGUGCAGAGAGAACAGUCAUGAAGGCCAAAGUUAAUCAGCCUUUCAUCAGCUUAGAAGAUGAGAAAGUUGUUCUGGGAGACAGGAGAGCUCUGACCUGUGAUAUGAAAUUAAUUUAUGACGUCAGUGCCCCCCAAAAUAGCCAUUUGUAACUGAGUCAGUGUAAAUGACAUAUGAAUUUUUAGGAAAGAAAAAGUUUUCACCUAAGUUGCAGCAACACAAGGACAAAUUAACUAAUGAAAAGAUAAAAAAAAAAAACUCAACGUAAUCAGUUAUCUACAUGAUACCUGACUACCAUUUGAACAGAUGGUUUUAACUGAGUGGUUCAGGGUUUUGGCAUUGUGUGACAACUGGCCACAAAUGCCCUUAAUAUUAAAUAGUUUACUUGGUUCCUAGUACACUCACCCUCUACUUGCAUAAAACCAACAUAUGAAAAUCUGGAUUUAUUUUAAAGAGAUAUCUUGCCAUGUGAAUAUUUGUGUUACAGAAAUAUUUACCUCCAGAUAUUUUUUCUCUAAUAAAAUGGUGAAUUUAAAAUACUGUUUUAUUUAGAAAUACUGUAUUUACACCUCAUUUAUUAUAUAAAGCAAAUUGCCUUGAAUGUUUGAUGUUUGACCCAAAGGCCAAAAAUUGGCAUGAAAGAAAUUUGGACUGUAGAGCCACCAGGCCAAGGGUUCAGGACUGCUGGGCUGGCAGUUUAACUCCUUCCCCUAGCUCUGAUGUCAUCAAAGCACAGAAAGUCGGAUAUCAAAGUUAUAUCCAACUGGAGGCCACUCAUUCCCACCCCUCAGGUGGGGAGGUUGAGGAAGAGUGAGGGUCGUGAUUGCCUGGGGGCCACUUAAUUUAUCAGUGGCCACCCCGGGUAGAAUCCGAAUUUCAUUACUACCCUGUGCAAGGUACUAAUGUCAUCACACUGAGAACCUAAACCCAGAGAGAGAGAGAAGAGGGGCGCUCUGGAAUAAAUCUGUAUUCCACUAAAGACCAGCUAAUCAACUGAAGAUGAGGCCAGACAUCCCUGUAAUGUGACAAAAAGCUGGUUUGGGGUGUGGCCUGUGGAAAUAGUCUAACUACUAGACAAGUCACAUCUCGUAUAUGCGUGUCUUUUAUUUUUCUCCUUCUUGAAGCUCUAAGGAAGGUUCAGAGAAAUUAUUUCCAGCCUAUCUUUUAGUUAGUCUUUUCCAUCUCUGGCCAGGAAGUAAUCCUUCCCUGAAAACCAGUCCCUUUGUUUCAUCAAGUGGCCCGAGGAAGUGCUGUGAGCCUGGGCUUUUGUUUCUUUGCAGCAUAUGUUUUAAAAUUUGUCUUCUGCCUCCCAGAAGGAAACAUCUCUCGCAAGGGAAUAGAAAAGAUUAAUUAGCGACCUUUCACUCUCUUAAAAUAUGAUGAAUAUGUUGCUAGUAAAGGUAAAAACAUUUACUUACAGCUGUGUGUCUGUUCAGUAUGCACCACGAACCUUCAGACAGCACUUCCUUCCAAGGCUGGCCCGCAGCUUGGAGCUGUCAAUACGUGAGGAGGGGCGGGGACUGUUCAGCUCCCAGAUAAAUGUGCAAUGGAUCCACACAUUGGAAAUACAUAUCAAAACCACGACCCUAAAAUCAUAUUUUGUAAAUUAAAAUUGUUAUUUGUGUUUACUUACUGUGACUACUGUUCAGACUUUAUUCAGAAAUCCUUUUUAUAGGCUUUCUUAGCAAAAUAAAUAAAUUCCUUAUCUAUGUAUGGAUACCGUCUCAAUCUUCUGUAUAUAUGUUUUAUGAAUGUGUAAAUAUUUAGAUUUUUUUAAAAUGACUCUGUUCUUUCAAAAAGAAAUUCAGCGCAAGGCUAGUUGUGAAAAUGGUGUGUAACAUUUGUGUUGUGAUGUCAACUCCCAAGAUGCUCUUUAAGUCCCUUCGGGAAGAUUACAAUAAAUCACUUUAAUUGAA